UACGCCGAACAGCUGUUUCAAACUUGUUUUCCUCCAAAUUUCUAGUUUCUUCAGAUUCUUUUGGCCUUGAGCACUUUCACCGCCUCCCCAAACAAGACAAGACGACCCCCUUCAGACAUGCGCCAAGCGGAUCCGGCGCCCUCUGCCCGUACGCCCAUGAUUUUGCAGCUGAGGUGAAGAAGCGGCGGUUGGGUGAAGCAAGCAGUGCGCGUCCAAAAUUGCAAAGUGUAUAAUAUUCUUUUUGGCCUACAACAGUCGGUUAUGUAAAGCGCGUAAAGGCCCGCUAACUGCUCACAUAUCGUACUCUUAAAGCAAUUAAGUUUUCGUCAUGUUAAUGGUCGUGUGUUCCAGUUUAAGGCGUCCCGGGCACGUGGGCGCCGCAUCCGCCAUGCGGAACCUUAAUUGGCUCCUCAGCGAAGGAUAUAGACCGCCGAUCCAGGCAAUGGCCCGGCACUACGUCCAAGCUCCGGAGGCCCGGCCAGUGGCCGAUGAGCGGUAUUCGGCCAGCCAGCAGGAUCGGAAGGAUAUCGCCACGCAGACCGUGCGGAGCAGCAAGCUCAAGGACCUGUCGCCCCCUCAGUCGCAAGCGACACCACCCUCGCCCCCCCUGACGCCCCCGAUGUCCGACCGGAACGCUGAUCCCGCCCUGGAUGUGGCAACCGGCGUGGAGGUGCCCUACAACAUUGACUGGAUAUUCCCAAGGCUAAGAAAUCCCACGCGAUUCUGGUAUGUGGCCAGCCAAUUUGUGAUCUCCGCCGUUGGAAUCUUUAGCAAGAUCGUGCUGAUGUUCCUGAACAAAACCCGCGUCUACAACAAGGAACGACUGGUCAAGCUGAUUACUAAAAGGCCGCAAGGCGUUCCCCUGGUGACCGUGUCCAAUCACUACUCCUGCUUCGACGAUCCGGGACUGUGGGGCUGUCUGCCCCUCGGCAUCGUAUGCAACACCUACCAAAUCCGCUGGUCGAUGGCCGCACACGACAUCUGCUUCACCAACAAGCGGCACUCGCUCUUCUUCAUGUUUGGCAAGUGCAUACCUGUUGUGCGUGGCAUCGGUGUCUACCAGGAGGCCAUCAACCUGUGUAUCGAGAAGGCAGCUCUGGGCCACUGGAUCCACGUGUUUCCCGAAGGCAAGGUUAACAUGGAGAAGGAGGAGCUGCGGCUAAAGUGGGGCGUUGGAAGGAUCAUCUACGAGUCGCCCAAGGUCCCCAUCAUUCUGCCCUUGUGGCACCAGGGCAUGGAUGACCUGCUGCCCAAUGUGGAGCCCUAUGUGAUACAGCGGGGGAAGAAGGUCACCGUGAAUGUGGGUCAGCCGCUGGACCUCAACGAUUUUGUGAUGGACCUGAAGAAGCGUCAAGUGCCGGAGCCCACGGCGCGGAAGCUCAUCACAGACAAAAUUCAGGAAGCCUUUCAGGGCUUGCGAGCGGAGACCGAGAAAUUGCAUAGAGAACGCAACUAGCAAAUCAGCAUGGAAGAGCCUAGCGGCAGAUAUUUGUAAUAAUAUUUAUUUGUAUAGUAUUAAGCCUAAAAUGAACCCUAAAAAGCCUUUGCAAUCCAAUUAUUAUAAUUCUAUUUCCGUGUAUUAUGGUAAUUAUUCACGAUUUUAAGUGAGACAGUGUGCAUUAAUAGUGUAAAUAUACAGAUGAAAUUAAUCCGAUCAGAGGGAAUAAAAUGGCUGAUAAAAUAAAAAUGGA